CACACGCACUCGUUUCAUUUCAUUUCUCACAUCCUCUCUCUCUCUCUCUCUUCCCAACAAAGAUUCUCAUCUCUCUCUCUCUCUCUCAGACACAAAUGGAAGAAAAUCAAACUACAUCUCUUAACAUUUCCGAUGACUUCUACGGUUACUCCUCAGCCACUGCCCGAGAGCUGCCGGAACCCGACGUCCACAUCAUCACCUCCGCUGCUCUCCGCAUCCCUGCGCACUCUAGCAUCCUGGCUUCGGCGUCACCGGUGUUGGAGAACAUCAUAGACAGGCCACGUAAGCAUCGGAGUUCGGAGAGAGUCAUUCCGAUUCUCGGAGUUCCCUAUGACGCUGUUGUCUCCUUCGUUCGCUUCCUCUACUCCUUCAGGUGUUCGGAGGAGGAGAUGGAGAAGUAUGGGAUUCAUCUACUGGCGCUGUCCCACGUGUACUCGGUCCCACAAUUGAAGCAAAGUUGCACGAAGGUAUUGGGUGAUUGGCUUACGAUGGAGAAUGUGGUGGAUGUGCUUCAACUUGCAAGAAUGUGCGACGCACCAAAUCUCUACCUCAAGUGCAUGAAAUUGGUGGCCAACCAUUUCAAAGCUGUGGAGAAAACCGAAGGAUGGAAGUUCUUGCAAGAUCAUGACCCUUGGCUCGAGCUCGAAAUCUUACAUUUUAUGGAUGAAGCUGAAUCGAGAAGAAAGAGAUCAAGAAGGCUGAGGGAGGAGCAGAGCUUGUAUUUACAGCUAAGUGAGGCAAUGGAAUGUUUGGAGCACAUAUGUACGGAAGGUUGCACAAGUGUUGGGCCAUAUGACAUGGAGCCCACAGAGAAGAAGGGGCCCUGUAGCAAGUUCUCCACGUGUCAAGGUCUCCAACUCCUGAUUAAACACUUUGCCACGUGUAAGAAAAGAGUGAAUGGAGGGUGCUCAAGGUGUAACAGGAUGUGGCAGCUUCUUAGAUUGCACUCCUCAAUCUGUGAGCACCAUGAUUGUUGCAGAGUUCCUCUUUGCAGGCAAUUUAAAUUGAGAAUGCAGCAAGACAACAAGAAAGAUGAUGCAAGGUGGAGAUUACUGGUGAGGAAGGUUGUGUCAGCCAAAGCAAUGUCUUCCUUAUCAUUGCCCAAGAGGAAAAGAGAGGAACUACAAGAGACCAACAACAACAACAACAAUCAUGGAAUUAGAAGCUUCAGAUUAUAAAUUUCUUAAUUGCUCAUUGUAUAGGGCCAAUAUAUUAUAUAAGUGUCACUAUUCUAUUGUCAAUUAUUUAUUUUAUUAAGAAAUAAGUUUUGAGUCUUCUUUGUAUAUGAAGGUAGGCUAGUACUGUUGUGCUGCGCUUGUUUUAAAAGAGCGAGUCCCAAAUUGUGAAAUUGGGUUCAACACGGAAUUUAAGAGUUAGUAGGACUAGUAGGUGAGACUUGAGAGUUGUUGCUUGUAAUUUUAAAUCUCUCCGUUUAUUCAAAUGAAAGUAACUUAUAGUUUUGUUGUU